AGAUGGUUUGAACCCAUAGAGCAGUGCAGUAGCAGUAGCGGUCUGGCCUGUUUGGUUCAGUGUUCAAUAUGUAACCUUUAAUAUUCUGCAUUCUCCUGGGAUGAGGACUGGAUUUGUAAUCAUAAUACAACAAGUUGAUACUGAUGCUAAGGCCAGUUAGAUCAGAAGUUUGAGUCAGAAUCACAGCAGUAGCACAAGCAAAGUAAUUUCUUUCAAGCUGCCUUCCAAAAGCAGCAGAAGCACAGCAGCCAUCUUUUAUUUACCAGACAAAGGCUCUGAUGGUGAGUUUGAAGUGGAAGAUCCUUCACCUGACUCAGAGGACGAUAUCUUCAGGCUGAGACAGAGGGGGAUGCCGGGGUCUAACCGCAGCUCCUCUCAUUCAUGCUGAGCGCUGCUCUCCUGUGCACACGGAGCUGCAGAGCUGAGCUUUGGAACCGGUGCUGCUGCUGCUGCUGUCUGACGAAGCUGCCGGGAACGGGAAUGUCUUCUGCUGCAACUCUGACAUCCUAAAAAUCAUGCCAAGCAGGAAGAACGCGGAGGACCGUUUGAUCAGGCUGGUGGUGGAUGAGGCUGAGGAUCAGGGGAUGCGGUUAUAAAACAAGAGUGGAGAAAGGGGGAAACAAGAAAGAGGAUUUCAAUUGCUCGGAAACACUCCUUUUGUAUCAUCACACCCUGCGGUCCCAUAAGGCACUGACUGACCCUGUAGAGGAUUACACAUUCAAAAAUACACACUUACAUUCCUUUACUCAAACCUCCCCUUCCCUCACCACCAUGUCCUCCAACCUCAAACCACCUUUUCUCAUCCUCCCAAUCCUCUUCUUUCUCCUCUCCCUGUUCAUGCCCUCCACCUCCACCCCUUCUUCCUCCUCCUCCUCCCUCCUGUCCUUUUCCCCACCGGAAGGUGGUCUCACACAUUUGGUGGUCCAUAACAAAACAGGCGAGGUAUACCUGGGUGCAGUCAACUGGAUCUACAAGCUGUCCAGCAACCUGACCAAGCUACGAAGUCAUGUUACUGGUCCAGUUACAGACAACCCUCGCUGUUAUCCUCCGCCUGGUGUUCAGUCCUGCCCCCAUGAGCUGGUGCAAACUUCUAAUGUCAAUAAACUUCUGCUACUUGAUGCUGCCCACAACCGCUUAAUUGCCUGUGGUAGUACUUCCCAGGGGAUAUGCCAGUUCCUGCGUCUGGAUGAUUUGUUCAAGCUCGGCGAGCCCCACCACCGUAAAGAACAUUACCUAUCCAGUGUUGUUGAAGCAGGCACCAUGUCAGGUGUCGUGAUCUCCCCAGAUCUUUUUGGUGGAGGUGGCAAACUUUUUGUUGGCACCCCGAUCGAUGGGAAAUCCGAAUACUUCCCGACACUGUCAAGCCGCAAGUUAAUGUCCAACGAGGAGAACGCUGACAUGUUCAGCUUUGUCUACCAGGAUGAGUUUGUUUCCUCACAACUCAAGAUUCCCUCAGAUACUCUCUCCAAGUUCCCAGCAUUUGACAUCUACUACAUCUAUGGCUUCAACAGCGAGCAAUUUGUGUAUUAUCUUACCUUACAGCUUGAUACCCAGCUCACCUCACCAGAUGCAAGCAGCGAACAAUUCUUCACCUCUAAAAUCGUCCGAUUAUGUGUUGAUGAUCCUAAGUUCUACUCCUAUGUUGAAUUCCCCAUUGGCUGCACCAAAGACGGAGUGGAGUACCGCUUGGUUCAGGAUGCUUAUUUGGCCCGACCGGGGAGCCGUCUGGCACGUUCCCUUGGUAUUCAAGAGCAUGAGGAGGUUCUGUUUACCGUCUUCGCCCAAGGUCAGAAGAACAGAGCCAAGCCACCCAAGGAGUCGGCUUUGUGUCUGUUCACAAUGAGACGGAUAAAGGAGAAGAUUAAAGAGAGGAUUCAGUCGUGCUACAGAGGGGAGGGGAAACUCUCCCUGCCCUGGCUGCUCAACAAGGAACUGGCUUGCAUCAACUCGCCUCUGCAGAUAGAUGAUAACUUCUGCGGCCAGGACUUCAACCAGCCUCUAGGGGGCACCACCGCCAUCGAAGGCAUCCCGCUUUAUGUGGACAAAGACGACGGCAUGACCUCUGUGGCUGCCUAUGACUACCGCGGACACACUGUGGCGUUCACUGGCACCCGCAGUGGACGCAUGAAGAAGAUCCUGGUGAACUCUGUCAUCCAACCUGCCUUGCUGUAUGAGAAUGUGGUGGUGAGCAACGGGAGCCCCAUCCUGAGAGAUCUGCUCUUCAGCCCAGAUCAUCAGUAUUUAUAUGCCCUCACUGAUAAACAGGUCACCCGUGUACCGGUGGAGAGUUGUGAACAGUACACAUCGUGCAGAGCUUGCCUGGGAUCAGGGGACCCUCACUGUGGCUGGUGUGUGCUACAUAAUGUAUGUUCGAGGAAAGAUCGCUGUGAGCGAGCAGAGGAACCUCAGCGCUUCACAACCAGAGCGGAGCAAUGUGUUCGACUCUCCGUCCAACCAGACACCCUCUCUGUCACAAUGUCAGAAGUGCAGUUGGUACUUCAGACGCAGAAUGUGCCCAGUCUCUCCGCUGGAGUAAACUGCUCCUUUGAGGACUAUGUAGAGACGGAAGGGCGCAUUUACGGUGGACGGAUCUUCUGCCUGUCCCCCUCUAGAAAAGAGGUGGCCCCCAUCACAAGAGACCAGGGUGACCAACGUGUAAUAAAGUUGUAUCUGAAGUCAAAGGAGACGGGGAAGAAGUUUGCUAGCGUGGAUUUGGUCUUCUACAACUGCAGUGUCCAUCAAUCGUGUCUAUCCUGUGUUAAUGGAAACUUCCCCUGUCACUGGUGCAAAUACCGUCACAUGUGCACACAGGACGCCAGCGACUGCUCUUUCCAAGAGGGACGAGUCAACACCUCAGAGGAGUGUCCUCAGAUCCUGCCCUCCACACAGAUCUAUAUCCCUGCUGGAGUUAUGAGGCCAAUCACCCUGCUGGCCCAGAACCUGCCACAGCCACAGUCUGGACAGAAGAACUAUGAGUGUAUCUUCCACAUUCAGGGCAACACGCACAGCGUCCCGGCUCUGAGGUUCAACAGCACCAGCAUACAAUGCCAGAAGACCGUGUAUGACUACGAGGGCAGUGACAUCAGUGACUUACCGGUCGACCUCUCUGUGGUGUGGAAUGGAAUCUUUGUCAUUGACAACCCGUUCAACAUCCAAGCUCACCUGUACAAGUGCAAGGCGUUGCGGGACAGCUGUGGUAUGUGUCUGAAGGCUGACCCCAGGUUUGAAUGUGGUUGGUGCAUCCAGGACAAGAAAUGCUCCCUCAGACAAGAGUGUACUGGUGGAGGAAAUUCUCACCUCGCUCUGCAGCUGGCUGAAGGUGGAGGGUGGAUGCACGCCACGUCUGGAAACAGCCGCUGCGCCCACCCCAAGAUUACUAAGUUGUUCCCUGAGACGGGGCCUCGUCAAGGGGGAACCAGAGUGACCAUCCUGGGGGAGAACCUUGGUCUGCAGUUCAGAGACAUCCAGAUGGGCGUCAAGCUGGGCAAGGUGCCCUGUGUGCCUAUUGAGGAGGAGUAUGUGAGCGCAGAGAGAAUCGUGUGUCUGCUGAACGACGCUACCAGCUACCGGGUCCAGGAAGCUCAGGUUGAGGUGUGUGUGAGAGACUGCGUCAACGACUACAGAGCCUUGUCACCGAGGCCGUUCACCUUUGUGACUCCAUACUUCACCCGUAUCCAGCCAUCCCAGGGGCCAAUCUCCGGUGGCACCCGGAUCACCAUCGAAGGCAGCUACCUGAAUGCAGGCAGUUACGUAUCUGUCAGCAUUGGACCACAGCCCUGCUACUUUAAGAAGAGGAAUGCCCGUGAGAUAGUGUGCAUUACACCAGCAGGAAUCGCACCAGGCAGUGUGUCAGUGCUGGUGGACAUCGACGACGCAGAGCUCAUAAACCCAGAAGUCAAGUUUAACUACACUGACGACCCCACUGUCCUGAAAAUUGAACCUGACUGGAGCAUUGCCAGUGGUGGUACUCCGCUGACAGUGAGUGGGACCAACCUCGCAACGAUCCGAGAACCAAAGAUCAGGGCCAAGUAUGGGCAGGCGGAAUCCUUUCAUAACUGUACGGUGUAUAACAACUCAGUCAUGGUGUGCCUGGCUCCAUCGGUGGCGGAUUCAGACCUGGGUUUUUCCGAGACCGGCACCGGCCCAGAUGAGAUUGGGUUUUACAUGGACAAUGUGAAUUCUGUGGUGGUGGUCAACGAGACAUUCAGCUACUACCCUGACCCCGUGUUUGAACCGCUGAGUCCCUCUGGAAUACUGGAGCUCAAACCCACAUCGCCACUCAUACUCAAGGGCCGUAACCUGAUCCCAGCAGCUCCGGGUAACAGUCGCCUCAACUACACGGUGCUGAUUGGAGAAACUCCCUGCGUCCUCACCCUGUCUGAGAGCCAGCUGCUGUGUGAAUGGCCCAACCUCACCGGACAACACAAAGUCACGAUCCGUGCUGGUGGGUUUGAGUACUCCCCUGGGACGCUUCACAUCUACUCUGACAGCCUUCUAACACUUCCUGCCAUUAUCGGCAUCGGAGGGGGUGGCGGCCUGCUUCUGUUGGUCAUCAUUGCUGUACUGAUUGCCUAUAAGAGGAAGUCCAGGGAUGCCGACCGCACCUUGAAACGUCUGCAGCUCCAGAUGGACAACUUGGAGUCUAGAGUGGCCCUGGAAUGCAAAGAAGCUUUUGCUGAGCUUCAGACAGACAUUCAUGAGCUGACCCAGGAGCUGGAUGGAGCUGGGAUUCCCUUUCUGGAUUAUCGGACUUACGCAAUGAGGGUCCUGUUCCCAGGCAUUGAGGACCACCCUGUGCUCAAGGAGAUGGAGGUACGGGUUCAGGCAAAUGUGGAGAAGGCACUGACACUGUUUGGCCAGCUGCUGACGAAGAAACACUUCCUGCUGACGUUCAUACGCACCCUUGAGGCCCAGAGGUCAUUUUCAAUGCGGGACAGAGGCAACGUGGCAUCUCUGAUCAUGACGGCCCUGCAGGGGGAGAUGGAGUACGCCACCGGAGUCCUGAAACAGCUGCUGUCUGACCUGAUAGACAGAAACCUGGAGAGCAAAAACCACCCCAAACUGCUGCUCAGGAGAACGGAGUCUGUUGCUGAGAAGAUGCUGACCAACUGGUUUACAUUUCUCUUGUACAAGUUCCUUAAGGAGUGUGCUGGGGAGCCUCUGUUCAUGCUUUACUGUGCCAUCAAGCAGCAGAUGGAGAAGGGACCCAUAGACGCCAUCACAGGAGAAGCCCGCUACUCUCUCAGCGAGGACAAGCUCAUCAGGCAGCAGAUUGACUACAAAACACUGACGUUACACUGUGUAAACCCAGAGAAUGAGAAUGCCCCUGAGGUGACGGUCAAGUGUCUGAACUGUGACACCAUCACUCAGGUCAAAGAGAAGCUGCUCGAUGCUGUCUACAAGGGCAGUCCCUAUUCACAGAGGCCCAAGGCUUCUGAUAUGGACCUGGAAUGGCGUCAGGGUCGGAUGGCCAGAAUCAUUCUGCAAGAUGAAGAUGUCACAACUAAGAUCGACAACGACUGGAAAAGACUGAACACACUGGCUCACUAUCAGGUAACAGAUGGCUCAGUCAUCGCCCUGGUGCCAAAGCAGAACUCUGCCUAUAACAUCUCCAACUCCUCCACCUUCACCAAGAGCCUCAGUAGAUACGAGAGUAUGCUCAGGACAGCCAGUAGUCCAGACAGUCUACGAUCCCGAACACCCAUGAUCACCCCUGACCUGGAGAGUGGAACCAAAUUGUGGCAUCUGGUGAAGAACCACGACCACUCGGACCAGAGGGAGGGUGACCGAGGCAGCAAGAUGGUCUCUGAGAUCUACCUUACCAGGCUGUUAGCUACAAAAGGUACGUUACAGAAGUUUGUGGAUGACUUGUUUGAGACCAUCUUCAGCACAGCACACAGAGGAAGCGCGUUGCCGCUGGCCAUCAAGUAUAUGUUCGACUUCCUAGACGAACAGGCUGACAAACACUCCAUCACAGACUAUGAUGUACGACAUACCUGGAAGAGCAACUGUCUUCCUCUGCGGUUCUGGGUGAACGUCAUCAAGAACCCCCAGUUUGUAUUUGACAUCCAUAAGAACAGCAUCACGGAUGCCUGUCUGUCUGUGGUGGCCCAGACCUUCAUGGACUCCUGUUCUACGUCAGAACACAAACUAGGAAAAGACUCGCCUUCAAAUAAGCUUCUCUACGCUAAAGACAUCCCCAACUACAAGAACUGGGUAGAGAGGUAUUACUCCGAUAUCUCCCGUAUGCCGGCCAUCAGCGAUCAGGACAUGAGUGCCUACCUAGCGGAGCAGUCCCGUCUGCACCUGAGCCAGUUCAACAGUAUGUCUGCGCUGCAUGAGAUCUACUCCUACAUCACCAAAUACAAAGAUGAGAUCUUGUCGGCGCUACAGAAGGAUGAACAGUCGCGCAGACAACGGCUCCGCGGCAAGCUGGAGCAGGUCAUAGACACCAUGGCCCUGGCUAGCUGAGGACUGGUCAAUCACAUGCCUUGGCUAGCAGAGAGCUGGCCAACCAACACGCCUUCCCUGACAACCUUUGUGACAUUUUGACCCUCGACGUUUGAAGUCUGUCGCUCUCACCCUCACAAACAACAAUGAACAGCAGCAGGAAAGACUGCAAGGACACAAGCAUCCAGCAGCAGCACACUGGAGAGACAGCAGAGUUUGAAAAGGGUUGGCUUUCUCUCUCUCUCUCUCUCUCUCUCUCUCUCUCUCUCUCUCUCUCUCUCUCUCUCUCUCUCUCUCUCUCUGAGCCACCAACCCUGCCCCAAACGACCAAAUCAAGCGCACCCUCAGCCUCACAUUAUAUGGACCUCAGCUCAGGAGUGCGAUUAUUUUCAUCACUCAUCAUACUGGACAUAGAGCUGAAAUGCUACAGGAAAGGUACAGACUGCCAACUAGUGGCUUUCCACAGCCAAGGCUAUGGUUAAAAUGAAUAAAAAUCCAGGAUAUAUUAUUAUGAUACUUGAUCCCAGUAAGAAAUUUCUCUUUUCUGUUCACGUCCUCCACAGAGAGGUCAGAGGUCAGGGACAGCUACAGAGCAGGAGCCACAGAUGUUCAGUGUGAGAGUCAGUGUGUUGGCUUAAAGACACUUCAGCAGGGUGGAUGCUUGGUAACACAAAGGCUGCAGCCACUGCAGGGCAACCAGGAGGAAGGACUUUGCAGGGAAACUUCCUCCAGUACUGACUCUUCAACUCCUCUAUCAACAGGAACUCUGCUGUAGUCUAACAAAGGACACUUUCAGUUUCAUAAGUCAUAAUUUGAUUUGUUUUUACAUUUGAUUUAUUUUUUUUCCCCAAACUGCCUACUCUCCCCAGUGCUCUGCCACUUGUGUUACUGCUGAAUUUGCACAACAAAGCUAAAUCAAAAGAGAGAAAAAGGAUAUAUGAAUAUAUAUAUAUAUAUAGAUAUAUAAAUAUAAACCUUUUGUUUUUAACACAAAUGAAACAUUGAAAAAACAAAAAGUUUUCCAUUGUAAUGUAUAAAAGAUAAGUUUGAGAAGAGGAUUUGAUAUUUCCAUGAUGAAAACACAAGGAAAAAGUCGUCCUGUGCCAUGUUUUACUUUGAAUGUUGUUUAGUGCAAAGAGACUUCUUUUUGUUAGAUGAAAUGUGCUAUGAUGAAAAUGUUGUCAUAAUUAGUGACUGAAAGUGAGAGUUAAAAAAUAGGUAAAUGGCAAAAUAUAUAUGUUACAGACACUUUCUAUAUUUCAUGAGGUCUUGGGGCUGAUAAUAUGCUACAUGUUUGGCUCUAAAGGUAUCAGAAAGACAAACUAUGUCUGGAAGUUUCCUGUGAGCCAACUGACCUACUGUGCUUUUGUGGUUGUUUUAGAGAAACCAAAUACAUGGAGGCUUGGUCAGCUGAUUUAGAUGAGACAAAAGUCAUUUCUGUGGAAGCCAGCCUCAUGCUUUGUUAGCAGAAAACUCCAGAGGCACAAGGCAGUCGCUUAAGUUGAACCCUGAUAUAUCUUGCUUCACAUAUUCUUGAUCUUGUUUUCUAGACUUCCUCUCUUGUCUGAAAAAAACUUAUGAGGUGUGCCAUCCAAAAUGAAGGCCAGUUUGGUGUAGAAGAUGGUUAAAACGUAUUGUUUAAUUUUUGGCUUGUUUUCUAGGUUGCAGUAAAAGUGGUAAAGCAAAGGUUCACUUUUUAAAUGUGAAUGUGAUUUAUGAAAAGAUAAAGAAAUGUAGCCUGAUUUAUGUGUUUUUGUACCAGUUGAAGGCCUUCCUCUUUCACUUUGUGGUUUUAUAGGGGGUUAAAAAAAUGUUUUCCUUCCAGUACAUGCUGCACAUUAACUUGCAUAAAACACACAUUCAUAUGCAUAACAUACACAAGACAUUCCUUUCUCCAAUGAGUGUAAAAAGGCUACAAGGUUAAUAACAAAGGCUAGAAAAUACAGAAAAAAUGUUUCUGGAAGAGUGUGUUAUAAAAUGUGUGAGCUAUAAAGUGAGCUUCAGAUCAGACACUUUAACAACCAGAUCAGAUGGAUGAGAUCAAGAAAACUACUUAUUCACACAAGUUAAAAAUCAUGCCAAAAGAUGCCAGUUAUUUCUUCGUCAGUCUUACAGUCUUGUUAUUUUUUUAGUUUUAAUCUUUGUGAUCAUAGGGAGCGCUGCUCUUCUCUACAAUCCAGUGGAUUCAUCUAGCUGGCACAAAGAAAUUUCAAGUUGUCUGACGCAUUCAGUUGUUUCAAAAAUGUCUGAAGAAAAGUCUGAAUUCCACAUUUUAAUACAUGUUCACAUCCAAAUUGAAGUGACAAAAUCACAUUCUUGUGCUUGACAUUAAUGUAGAAGGCCAGCAUCUAGGAGACUAAAUAUGUGAGCAACACAGAGAGCACCAGAUGGACCACUCACUCAUGUACCAAGACCAAGUGAUAAUUGUUCACUCACUGCUGUUUUACAGUAUGAAAGUGUGACUAUUACGUUUGGUGUGAUUGGUGAAUUUGAGCAAAUUUCACUUUAGUCUGUUUGGAUUGUGUAUUAGAGCAGCAAUUCCUCCAAUAUAAGUCAUACGCUUCAGAAAAAUGGCAAAAUAAGAAUUGCAUUGUGGUAAGAAUGACACUGAAAUGAAUUAUCACGAUAAAACAAUGGGGCACUAUCGUGUACUAGCCACAUGUUAACUGUUAGCUUAUCUUAGCUACUCCAGAUGAAGGGAAUACCUAGUUAGCACGCCAGUCUAAAAAUCAGUCAGAAUGCUUGUUUAAUCCAAUGACAUGACUAUAUAAAUAUACACAUAGAAAUGAACAAUAUAUAAUAUAUUCCUUAUAGUUGAAACAUGAACAUUCAGUUGAGCCCCAAGAAUUGAAGACAUCCAACAUGGCCGGCAGUGGGCAUGUCUCGGUAAAUUUUGCUUGUCUAUAUUCUUUUACUUUGUCAGGGUGUUAACCAUUUUUUUCAAAUAUUCCUGUAUCAACUCAUAUGAAACCCAAACCAAACACAUAUUACUGCUGUCAAGUGAAAACUUUAAGUCCAAAAAAAGUACAUUUCUCUUGCUAGAUUUAAUAUGUUUUAUGAAACUCUUUAAAAAGUAUAUUCUGAUCUUUAAAUAAUAGCCUGUUUGUUCACCCUACAAUGCCAUGUUUUUGUCUGACAGCAUAAAUAUGUGUCUGGGCGUAAUUAAACGUACUGUAUGUGCUUCAAUACUUGAACCACUGAUCCACACAGGGUAAAACAACAUACAGGGCAGCUGACCAAAGCUUAAUUCACCUACAUCAGAAAAAGAAAUCAUCUUUGAUCCAUCUGCUUUUCAGUUCCUCCAUAAAAUGAUUUUAACAUUCUAAAUAGAUGUCUAAAUACCCCCUCACUGAAGAUAUUUAGUGUUUGUCUUUAUGCUUGAUAAAUAGUGAAAUUGAGGUAAUGUUAUUUCCAUGAACAGACACUCUAACACUGUUUUAAUUAGCCUAAUAACUGAAAUAGACUGAGGAUGUGGACCACUGCGUUGAUGUUUGACUGCUAUUCAAUUGCUCAAUUGUUCUUUUGAUGAAGACUUGUAAAGAUGAUUUUAGUGUGGAAAGAGUAACAAGGCUUAGUUAGCAACCCCCAAGGAUCUCUUAAUAGAGAGUAAGAAAGAAAAAAAAUAGUUCAGCAUGGUGAUUGGUGGGUGAGUUAAGGCCCAUUUGGUCUCUGGUGCUUUUGUUUUGUGGUUUUGCUUCUUGUUUUCUGCUUCACUACUUGUUGGGGUAAAAGAUGAAAAGGCUUGGGCAAGGCAGAGGAAGUGCUUUGAAGGCCAUGGUAUCGCUUCAUUUUCCAUUCUGUUGCAUCUGUGGUGUUCAACUUUCACACAGGAAAAGACAGUGAUGAAGGAGGGAGGAGGGUGGAGCGAGAGAAGGAAGGAGGUGGAUUGGAGAGAUUCUCUCAACAACUGACUGACACAGAGCUGUUCACUGUGCCUUGUCAACCUCUUCCCAUACUGAAAACGAUGUAUUUUUUCCAUACACUCAGAGGGUAUGAAUCAAAGUAUUUGACAAAAAUGGACAAAGCAGCAUAUUUGAAUAUGCAUUUUGACAAUAAUCAUUCGAGAUGUAUUUGAAGAAUAGUGCAAUAUUUCCAUUAAAUAUGCUGAUUGGCUUUCUUUCCAAGAGUGAGAUGGGAAGACUGAUACCAGUCUCAUGUGUUUAAAUACUGAAUUGGAGUCAGCAUGUUAAGCCUAGUUUAGCAUGAACAAAGCAUGCUGUACACAGUGACAAGAUACACAAGCUGACACUUGUGAAGCUGGCUGAGUCUUAGAUUUAGUCUCUUUUCUUUAAUCUCACAUACGCAGAAAUGUACAAACCAUUUGUGGUUUUAGAGAGAGUUGGAGAGCUGGAACUGGCCAACUAGGAAUAUGCUGCACUAAUAGAGAAAAACUUUGCUUUUAGUAAUAAUAUUUGUUUUUCCAAUUAUUUUGUUCACCUAAAAAAAUUAAAAAAAAACAAACAACUUUGGGGUUGCUGGUAGCUUAUGUUAAGUUGUCUACUUCAUUUCAUUCCUGCUUUUAGACUUGCUGACCCAAACUCAGUCGUUAGACCUAACCUGACCUUAGUCUUGCUAAACUGACUCCAGCAAUGUACUUAACAUACAGACAUUGGCAUUGUAAUCAUUUUACCCUCGGAAACAAAGUGAAAAAUCCCAGUUCCUGUUUCAAGAAUUCAGUGAAGCUAACCAACUGUAUCCUAGCUCUAGCUUUAUAUUUACCAGACAAACACGAGAGUUGAAUCAAUCUUCACAUCUCACACAGAAAGAAAGCGGAUAAGGGCUUUUUCAGAAAAAUGUUUUCAAGAACCCACAGCAUUUUUUUGUAUAUUCUGAAAGCCAUCUGUAAAUGUAUUCCCAAGUGUAUGUCAAAUGUACUUAUUUUUCAGUAUGGGCAACACCUUCCAAUAUGACACCUCCUCACUACCGCACAACCUUAAUACUUCCCCUCAUCUGCCAUUUUUGAUCCCCCCCCCAAUGGCAACACUCAGAGGUUUCUCAUCCCUCCAGUCUUCUCCAGCUUCCUCACCUGCAGUGUUCACUUUGAUUAAAGUACAUUUCAGAGAAGGAGCAUAGGAUGUAAAAUACCUUCACACAGAUUAAAGUGGAGAGAGGUAGAAAGAAAAAAAAAAGUACCUUAAAGAGUUUUAAUACUUUAUGAAUUCUGAUACCUUUUUAAGAGUUUCAGACUUGAAGCUGCUGUGACAGGUUUUGGCUGUUUCACGCCUGUGUAAAUAUUCUGCUCUUUCCUAUUUUGCAGAUUUAUUACGUGUAAAUAGACACGCAUCAAGGAGAGAUUAAACAUGUUCUUUUG